UUAAAAUUGGCGAGAGGUUUUGUAACGAUAAUAUGAAUUUUUGUUCUGUCGCGCCAAGAAAGCGCAGCGCUCGCUCUCGCUCUCUCGCUCUCUCUCUCUGACAUUUUGUCGAACAGUUAGAAACCAAACAACAAUGGCGGCUUCUUGGCUUUCCACAGCGUCCAUCCUGGACUACAGAUGUCUCCCGCCUCCUUGUGCUUCCACACUUCGUUCGAAAUUCUGCUCCGCUACCUCCAAAACCUCGCUUUUCGCAGCGACAAACAGAGGGCGCUCGCAUUCUUUCGCGUCAAUCACGCGCGCGUCCAACCCCAAGAGAGUUUCUCCUUCGAAGACCCGGCGGCAAGGCGUCUGGGAAGACCCCGACGACGGAAGUGGCAGUGAUUACGACGACGACGAAGAAGGAGACGAGAGCGACUGGGAACAGGACGGGGACGACGCCGUGGGCCUUGCUUCCGGUGUUGGCAUGUCUUCGCCGGACAAGUACGAGGAGGAAUUGGUGAAAGAGGUUGAACUGCUCUUAGGACCAGAGGAAAGUGCUGUUCUGCGUGACAAUCCCACUCCUAAUUUGGCAAAAAUAUCGACGUCAAAAUGGAACCCCCUCCAUACUCUUGCGCUAGCCGGACAGAUACCUUUCAUGGACAAGCUGCUUGAAAAUGGUCUUGAUAUUGAUGCUGUCGAUGAGUAUGGUCUUACUGCCCUGCACAAGGCAAUAAUUGGCAAAAAGGAGGCUGUUAUUAGUCAUCUGCUGAGGAAAGGUGCUGAUCCUCAUGUUAGAGAUUGGGAUGGUGCUACCCCGCUUCAUUAUGCUGUUCAGGUAAGUGCCAUGCAAACUGUGAAGCUGCUCAUCAAGUACAAGGUUGAUGUUAAUGUAGCAGAUAAUGAAGGAUGGACUCCGCUGCACAUCUCUAUGCAGAGUAGAAAUAGAGAUAUUGCGAAAAUUUUGUUGGUCAAUGGAGCUGAUAAAACCAGAACAACUAAGGAUGGAAAAACACCUCUAGAUUUAAGUCUGUGUUAUGGCAAAGAAUUCAAGUCAUAUGAUCUCGCCAAGUUGUUGAAGCUUGUACCAGCUAAUCAAGAUUUUUGAUGGGCAAUGUGAGUUGAAGGUAAGCCAUAAGUAUUCAUCUGGUGUCGUAAUUUUUUGAGAAUUUUGCAUUUUUCUCUGUGUUGUAUUGGGAAUAGCAUCAUCUUGGAUUUCAUCUCAGAUUGGAUUGGAUUCUAUGAAUCAUAUUCGAAGGGCAAGGGCCGAUAUAGGAUUGGCUUCUGGGCAUCAUGCACUGAUAAAGAUCUAAAAUUGGUAGCAUGCGAAAGAUGAUACUUUGUGCACAAUGAGAUGCAUCAGAGGGAAUGUGGGUCUUUAACUUGGAGCUAUUCCUACCUACGGAUGCGAAGCGGUACUGAUUCUGAACAUUUGCUGCUCCUACAUUGGAUGAGUAAUAAAUGGGACUGCUGGUUUUGAAACUUAGGAAGCUGAUGUAUAACCGGUCUUUAUCUGUUCUAGAUAUGGUCGUGGGCUACAAUGUGGGGUGCAAUCAAAGGAUAGCUAUCAUCUAUUCAAGCUGAACUGAAUAUGAGAUUCUCCAGGGUUAAAAUUUGUGUUCAUCUUUGGCAAAAUUUUGGUUCGCAGGUAUAAUUUACGCUCGUUCUUCUCUUUCUUCA